AUGAGGUCCCUGACAUUACUCGACCUGGUCUCGCACCCCGUUGUCGGCUCAUCCAGCUCAUCCUCAUCCUCGAGCUCGACGUCGACUUCACUCAGUUCGGUCGCAGCCGUGACGUUGGAUGCAGCGACCCAAACACUCUACGUUGUUGCUGAGACCGCCACACCAGACUCCUGUAGUGAAUUGUGCAUCUAUCGCCUUGAAAACGGCCGACAGUCGCACGAGGUUAGUCCCUCAGAGAGAGCGCUUCCGUGCGAGACCCCACUCGGAUGAUGAACGAGACUCGCACUGACCUUGAGAUGCACCCACAGCCCCCACAACCCCUCACCAGUUGGACAACCGACCUCAUCUCACCGUUACCCAACAUCCCACUCGUCGUCGCGUUCAGAUACUUGCCCGAAUCGGACUCGCUCGUGCUCGUGCUUUCGAAUGGCCAUGUCGAGCAGAUCUCGGACCCUUCUGGGGCGAUGGCGGCAGGGGCGAUGGUCAGUGGUCGCAAGCUUACAAUUCAGGCAUGUAUAAUUCGGUACUAAUUCAGCAAGCGCAUUCGUGCAGAGAGAGAAUGUCGGUACUUUUGAUUCGGGCAUCAAGGCCGCCGCCUGGGCACCGGACGAAGAAUUGUUGGCCCUCGUCACCGGUCAGUCCCCAGUUCGAGUCCACUGUGCGCCUCACCCCACCACCCGAGCUGACAUCACCGCUCUCUCGGGAUGGACUUUCAGGCGACGAUCUCUUGCUAUCCAUCACCGCGACCUUUGACGUGCUCUCCGAAGGACCGCUGACGACCACCUCCUUCGGCGUCGAUGCCCCCGUCAACGUCGGCUGGGGUGACAAGUCGACCCAAUUCCACGGAUCGCUCGGCAAAUCCGCCGCUCAACAACCUUCCCUUACCCCCACUCAAACACUCGCUUCUCCGAACGACGACGAUCGUAUUCGUAUCAGUUGGAGAGGCGAUUCGGCCUGGUUCUCCGUCAGCAAAUUCGAACGGACACCGACGGGGGAUACCCGGCGCGUACUUCGGAUCUAUUCGCGCUUGGGCGGAUUAAGUUCGACGGGGGAAGCAUGCAUGGGAAUGGAAGGGGGAUUGAGCUGGCAACCUAGUGGGAGUUUGAUUGCUGCGAAUCAGAGGGAGGGGCCCCAACAGAAGGUCGUCUUUUUCGAGAGAAAUGGGUUGAGGAGGUACGAGUUUGCGUUGAGGGAGGAGAGGGAGGGGGCGACGGUGAAGGAGUUGAGUUGGAAUUCAGAGUCGAAUUUGUUGGGGGUUUGGUUGAGAAAGGAAGGUGGGGAUGUUGGUGAGUGAUGCAUCUGAGGUGGUCGCAAAGGGAUCGAGCUGACUCUCGAAACGUUUCGCUAGUCCAACUAUGGAACCGCAACAACUAUUGCUGGACGCUGAAACAAGAACUCGCUCCUCGAUCACGCAUCACGUCCCUCUUCUGGCAUCCUGAAGAACCCCUUUCGCUCUACCUUACAACCUCGACCGGUAUCGAGCACUUUUCCCUUGCGUGGGAUACGUUCAUUUCCUCGCGCGAGGCACCUAAAGAUUCAGGCUCGGUCGCCGUCGUCGAUGGAGCAACGUUGAAAUUGACCCCUUUCAGAUUGGUCAACAUACCUCCCCCUAUGGCCGCCAUUGUCCUCACCCUGGGGUCAGACAUCACCAAGACUCCCGUACACGUCGCGUUCGCCAAGCAGGAGAACGGUUUCGUUGUCCUGUUCGACGAUGGGUUGGUGCAAAGUUGGGCUUGGGAACUGAACCUCAAGACCAUGCGGUAUAAACCAAGGAACGAGAUCAAGGAACCGGUGUUGGACUGGUCCGUCAAGAUCGACGGGGAAGGGUAUUGUAAGCAAUGUGCUGUGAUGGGUAAGGGGGAUCAGAAGAAGGUCGCUGUGUUGAGGUGCACGGGAAGAGGAGGGACUGAGGUGGUUCUUCUCAGGAAGGAAGCGAAACAGGAGGUCAUCAGGGUUGAAGAAGGGGCUUGGAGGAUCGAGGGCACGGAAGACGGUUUCGUGUUGGAGUCCAAGGAUGGGACGUUGUUCGAAGGUAGGCCGGGGAUUUGUGAAUCAACUCUGUCGGCGUACCACAAGCUGAUGCCUGCCCACGUGUUACAGUCUCGUCCCAAGCCACCUCGGACGACAUUCUCCUCCCAUCCGAUGACCUCAUGCCUCUCGCCGAAUUCUGUCCCGACAUCCGCACUCUCACCCUUUCGACAACGCGCAUCGUCCUCGGUCUUUCCCUCUCGGGUCGUCUCUAUUCAAACUCGAGGUUACUCGCAUCGGACGCGACUUCGUUCAUCUGCACCCACAAUUUCCUCAUCUACACCACUUUCACCCACGAAGCCAAGUUCAUCCCUUUGUUCUCCCUCGAAUCGGGCCAACAGAACGAUUUCGUCACCCAUGUCGAGAACGUUCGGAAAUCCGCUUCGAACGAACAGGAAUCGACGAAUUCGGUCAAAAACGGUGGGAUGGGUAUUAGGAGGGCCGUGGAGAGGGGCUCGAGGAUCGUCACUGUGGUGGAGAGUUCGACGACGUUGGUGCUGCAGAUGCCGAGGGGGAACUUGGAGACGAUCUGUCCGAGACCGUUGGUGUUGAGGAUCGUGAGACAGGAGUUGGACCGGUACGUUCGCACUUUUCAUGGUUUCGAGGUGGAUCAUCUUGAGGCGCAGUCUAAUUCUCUUUCAUGUUCUCUCACGGAGCAGAGGUCAUUACCGCACCGCAUUCCUAACCUGCCGUCGCCAUCGCAUCGAUCUCAACAUCCUUUACGACCAUAACCCAACAACCUUCCGUGCCCACCUCCCCGAUUUCGUGAGCCAAGUCAAAGAAGUCGAUUACCUCAACCUAUUCCUCUCCGGACUCAAAGACGAAGACGUCACUAAAACGAUGUAUAAAUCGCUUAUGAUUCUCGGGCCAAAACCUUCUACCUCGACGACCGUGGUCACGGAAGGGGAUGAUGGGGUCGUGGAAGGUAAAGUCAAUGAGGUGUGCAAUUUGGUCAGGGAGGAGCUUGAGAAGAAGGACGUGUUUGAGUAUGCGAAUUCGGUGCUUACGGCUUAUGUGAGGAAGAAACCGGCGGAUUAUGAGGCAGCGCUAAGGGUUUUGGUCGAAUUGAAAGGUAAGAUCUCCUCACCUAUCUCGUAAGGGACACGAUCGCUGAUGUGCAGUUUUGAAACAUCCGUUCCACAGCCAAAGAUUCCGAACGGGCCCAAGACGCCGUCAAAUACAUCAUCUUCCUCUCCGACGCGAACAAGCUCUACGACCUCGCUUUAGGGAUGUACGACUUCUCCCUCGUCCUUCUCGUAGCCCAAGAAUCACAAAAGGACCCUCGCGAAUACCUCCCCUUCCUCCGUGAACUCCGCCAACUCGAUACCUACCUCCAACGACAUCGCAUUGAUGAUCAUUUAGAACGCUACGAUUCGGCGUUGAGGAAUUUGGCAAAAGCUGGAGAAGGCAGAUUUGAGGAGGUUUUGGAGUAUACCAAGAGGCACGGGUUGUUUGGGACCGCUUUGGAGGCUUAUAAAGGGGAUGCGGGGAGGUAUAGGGUUGUCGUUGAGGCGAAUGCGGAUUAUUUGAUGGAGAAUCGAAAGUAUGCCGAGGCAGGGUUGCGUGAGUCUGGAUACCCCCGCUCGCCCGCGGUCUUUUGCACCCAGCUCAAUCAGGACUGACAAGUCUGCCUUCAUGUGUGCAUAGUUUACUCGAUUGCUUCUCAACCCUCCAAAGCGAUCGUCGCAUACCAAAGCGCCAAUGCAUGGCAAGAACUCUUCACCAUCGCCCUGUCCUCCGCUUCACCCGAAAUGCCCAAGAAGUCCGCCAGUGAGAUCAAGGCCUUGGCAAUGGAAGUUGCCGAAAGUCUGAGAGGGAAGAGGAGGUUCAGUGAGGCGGGGAGGGUUCUGUUGGAGUAUGGGAGGGAUCUAGAGGCGGCUGUUCAAGUGCUGAUUGAGGGUAACGAGUUUGCGGAAUGCUUGAGGAUCGUGAGUGGCCUUGAAUAUCGAGUGGAGGGGUGGAGGACCGGAGCUGACAUAUGUCUGGUGUUCAACAGUGCUCUUUGUACAAUCGCCGGGAUCUGAUCGAGACACACGUCAAAGCGAGCACGCUCGAGGCGCAGUCCAAGUUGAUCGACGACUUUGGCGAGUUGAAGGAACAGAUCGAGAAGCAGGUCGAGAGGUUGGACGAGUUGAAGAAGAGGAGGGAUGCGAAUCCGAGUGAGUGACAUCCAUCAUAUCGUUUUGAUUGAAAAAAGGUCUGUAUUGAGAUCUCUUGUUCGUCCGUUUGCCUCCCUCAGACCAAUUCUUCUGUAUCGACGACCCCUCUGGAGGACCCGACGACAUCGACGUCCAACCCGACGGUGAAUCCGACGCCGGCACCGCCUUCACUCGCUACACAGCUGCGGCACCUACGACCCUCGGAGGGGGAAGUCGGAUCAGCUCAACGCGGUCGAGUCGUUCGAAACGGCGUGCGGGUUUGAAGAAGGCCGCGGGGAAGAAAGGGAGUAUCUACGAGGAGACGUAUCUGCUCAACUCGUUUAAGAAGAGCGUCGAGACGAGGUUGGCGGAGCUGCAGAGUGCGUACUCAAACGGGCUACUUUUGUCGGUUUAGGUGUGAGACAAGAUGCUUACGACCUAUCUUCCUCUCCAACAGCCGAAACGGGUGCGCUCCUCUCUGCGCUCCUACUCCUCCAUUCGACGACCCACCGUUCGGCCGCUGCAGCACUACAAGCCGAGCUCGCGUCUCUUGAAGACGCUUUCCGAACCUCGCUCGAUCACCUCUGGUCAUGGAGGGAGAAGGAAUGGGCGACCGAGAAGCACGAAGAGUUGCGCCUCAAGGCGCGAGGGGAAUGGGUCGAAAAGCCGAAACCGGAAGAAGGGACCGAGAAGGUCGAGAGGCCCAAGAUGGCGAGGGAGAAGUGGAGGAUCGGUUUGUUGGAGGUGUUGUAG